UAACCCAGACAAGGCACUUGUUUUGCUUGAGAUACAACAUUGAAACGGGAAGUCUCACAUUUAUCUCUCUCGACGAUUCUCAGUCCUCCCUAAUCUUCAAAUCGCAUUCCAUUUAUUCUGCUUGUCAAAACGGAAACUCUUCCUUCACAAACCCUAAUUGAUCAGUCCGUCUCUCCUUUUCUCUCGCAGCGAUGCCGACGUUAUCAUCAACAAUAUCAAAUCAGGUACGGUUCUUGCUUCACAGCUUGAACGAAGACAACCUCGACUCUGUUUUUCGAGAACUUUGUAAGUUUACUGAAAAUGGACUUGACGAAAGCAUUGUGGUGCUUCAAACCUGCUUGGAACAUGUGAAUUUCCAACGGACAGACUUGAAAAACAUGCAGCUGCAACCGGUUAUUCUUUCAAUUUUCAAGUUUCUUUUGGACAGACCAAAUUUCAGUACUGUGCUUUGUCAGUCGCUUAGAAGCUCAGAGAUUAGCGAAGAAUUCCUAGACAAUUUCUCUAAUGUGUUGCAUUUAUCUCUGUCUGAAAAAAUCGCCAUUGGUCUUGCUCUGUCUGAUUCUGAGAAUAUCGAAACCAGAAUGGGGGCAAAGAAAUUUUGCAUUGCUCAAAUUGAGGAACUGUGUUCUAAUCCAGUUUCCAUGAACUCCGCCCAGCAAAUCCAGAAUAUUGUUAUGUUCCUCCAGCAGUCUGAGGGUCAUACCAAACAUGUAGAUCCCUUUUUGCAGAUGUUAUCCUUGGUACAACCAAAAGAUGUUUUCCCCUUCUUUCUAACUCCACUGCUUUCAGAUGAAAUGCGUGAGGCCAAUUUCUUGAGGAAUAUGGAUCUGUUCCAUGAAUGCCAGGAAAAUGAAUUUGAUGCACUUUUAGCUGAAAUGGAGAAGGAGAUGAACGCUGGUGAAAUUGUAAAGGAAUUGGGCUAUGGAUGCACAUUUGAUUCCUCACACUGCAAAGAGAUAUUAUCCAACUUUUUGCCACUGACUGAGAGCACUAUCUCAAAGAUACUCGGGACUAUUGCUCGGAACCAUGCUGGCCUUGAGGAGAACCAAAGCACAUUUUCAAACUUUGGCUUAGCUCUUGGUUGCAGCAUUUCCACUGAUCUCCCACCAUUAGGCUCUUGGGAUAUUGACAUCCUUGUAAAGACAAUCAAGCAACUUGCUCCUGGUACCAACUGGAUAAAAGUGGUGGAAAAUAUGGAUUACGAGGGAUUUUACAUCCCUAAUGAGGAAGCAUUCUCUUUCUUCAUGUCUGUAUAUAGACAUGCUUCCCAGGAUCUGUUCCCUGUCCAUGUUCUCUGCGGGUCUGUUUGGAAAAAUGCUCUUGGUCAACUAUCUCUUCUCAAAUAUGCCGUAUUGGCACCACCAGAAGUGUUUACCUUUGCCCAUUCCGGGAGGCAGCUGGUCUAUAAUGAUGCAGUACAUGGACAAAAGCUUCAGGUUGGGCAUGCAAAUCAUGCAUGGUUGUCUCUUGACCUACUGGAAGUGCUUUGUCAACUAGCUGAGAGGGGACAUUCUAGUUCUGUUCGAUCAAUCCUUGAAUAUCCUCUCAAGCACUGUCCGGAAAUCUUACUUCUUGGGAUGUCACAUAUCAAUACUGCAUAUAAACUUCUCCAAUAUGAAGUGUCUUUUACUGUUUUUCCUAUGAUAAUCAAAAGCACCACAAGUAGCGGUAUGAUACUUUACCUCUGGCACAUAAAUCCUAAUGUUGUUGUGCGGGGAUUUGUAGAUGCUUACAACAUUGAGCCAGACUGCACGAUCAAGAUAUUGGACAUCUGCCAAGAGCUAAAGAUUCUGUCAUCAGUGUUAGACAUGAUUCCAUAUGCUAUUGGUAUCAGAUUGGCAGUCCUAGCUUCACGAAAAGAACUUAUAGACCUUGAGAAGUGGCUGACUACUAAUUUAAUUGCAUACAAGGAUUUUUUCUUUGAGGAAUGUCUCAAGUUCUUGAAGGAGGUCCAACUUAGCGGAUCGCAGGAAUUUUCUAGCAAACCUUUCCAUCAUGCUAGUUCUGUUGUGAAUAUUUAUAUGGAGGCUAGCUCUAUCUUCCUGAAGGUACUUAAAGCUCAGACAGGCUUAAUCAUCUCUAGUCAACUUUCUGACGAAAUGGAAAGGUUGCAUAUAACAAUUACGGAUUCUAAUCCGAGGCUGCAGAAUGGUGGCUCUGCAGAUUCUUCUACCCCUGAACCGUUCUCUGAUGAUGUUGAGGCAGAAGCAAACUCUUACUUCCAUCAAAUGUUUUCUGGUCAGUUGACAAUUGAGGCUAUGGUUCAAAUGCUUGCCCGAUUUAAAGAAUCUCCCGUGAGAAGGGAGCAGUUAAUUUUUGAGUGCAUGAUUGGCAAUCUGUUUGAGGAGUACAGGUUUUUCCCCAAAUAUCCUGAAAGACAAUUAAAAAUUGCUGCCGUUCUAUUUGGUUCUGUUAUCAAGCACCAGCUUGUAACUCAUCUAACUCUUGGGAUCGCCUUGCGCGGUGUUUUAGAUGCACUACGCAAACCUCCAGAUUCCAAAAUGUUUAUCUUUGGGACCAAGGCCUUGGAUCAGUUUGUAGAUCGCCUGAUUGAGUGGCCACAGUACUGCAAUCAUAUUUUACAGAUAUCUCAUCUGCGUACCACUCAUUCAGAAAUUGUUUCUUUUAUCGAACGGCAACUUGCCAGGAUUUCAUCAGGUCAUUUGGAAUCUGAUGGAAAUAAUGGUUCUGCUUCUCAUCAUCAUGGUUUAUCUCAGGCUAGCUCGGGGAAUGGGGAGUUGAUUAGCGUCAAUAUUCCACAGUCUGUGCAGCAACUUUCUUCUACGCUGAAUGUUCAACAGAGACAUGAAAGUCCUCUUGAUGAGCGCCAUAAAGUCUUUCUGGCUUCAUCUAAUGACACCAAAUCUGUUUUAUCUUCUGGAGGGCAAUCUUCAGUUGCUCCGUUGAGUGAUAAUUCAAUCGCUCAGAAGAGUGCAGCCGGUGCUACAGCUAUGCUGUCUUCUUCUCAUGGUUUCAUCCGUCCUUCCCGAGGAGUUACAUCUACCAAGUUUGGCUCUGCUUUGAACAUUGGAACACUUGAAGCUGCUGCUGAGAGAAGGGAAACACCAAUAGAGGCUCCAGCAUCUGAGAUUCAGGACAAAAUUUCAUUCAUAAUUAAUAAUAUUUCAGCUGCAAAUAUUGAAGCUAAAGCAAAAGAAUUCACUGAAAUAUUGAAAGAGCAAUAUUAUCCCUGGUUUGCCCAGUAUAUGGUUAUGAAAAGGGCAAGCAUUGAGCCUAAUUUUCAUGAUUUGUACUUGAAGUUCCUUGAUAAAGUUAGCUCAAAGGCCUUGAAUAAGGAGAUCGUCCAGGCAACUUAUGAGAACUGCAAGGUUCUCUUAGGUUCGGAGCUAAUAAAAUCGAGUUCAGAAGAGCGUUCAUUGCUAAAAAAUUUGGGAAGCUGGCUUGGGAAAUUAACUAUUGGUAGGAAUCAUGUCUUGAGGGGUCGUGAGAUAGAUCCAAAAUCUCUGAUCAUAGAGGCAUAUGAGAAGGGCUUGAUGAUUGCUGUUAUUCCAUUUACUUCCAAGAUUCUGGAGCCAUGCCAGAGCAGUCUAGCCUAUCAACCUCCUAAUCCUUGGACUAUGGGAAUUCUUGGAUUGCUUGCAGAGAUCUACUCAAUGCCGAACUUGAAAAUGAAUCUCAAGUUUGACAUAGAGGUUCUAUUCAAAAACCUUGGUGUAGAUAUGAAGGACAUAGCGCCCACUUCUCUUUUGAAAGAUCGAAAGAGAGAGAUGGAAGGGAACCCUGAUUUCUCUAAUAAAGAUGUUGGAGUAUCUCAGCCACAGAUUGUUCCUGAAGUUAAACCUGGAAUAAUAUCUCCGCUUAAUCACGUUGAUUUGCCACUAGAGGUUGCCAACCCACCUAACGCUGUUGGCCAUACACAUUUGUUACCUCAGUAUGCUGCUCCUGUUAAUCUUUCUGUUGGGACAUUGACGGAGGAUGAAAAACUAGCUGCACUAGGCAUGUCUGAUCAGCUUCCUCCUGGUCAAGGACUAUUCCAAGCUACUCCCAAUCAGUCACCUUUCUCUGUCAGCCAGCUUCCCACAGCAUUACCUAACUUUGGAACUCUUGUUAUUAUCAACCAAAAAUUCAAUUCUUGGGGCUUGCACUUGCAUUUUCAAAGACUGGUUCCUCUUGUAAUGGAUAGAGCUGUCAAAGAGAUAGUUUCUAGCAUCGUUCAGCGUAGUGUCUCUAUAGCUACCCAGACGACUAAGGAGCUUGUUUUGAAGGAUUACGCGAUGGAAUCUGAUGAGACACGGAUAUAUAACGCAGCACACUUGAUGGUUGCAAGUUUGGCUGGAAGCUUAGCUCAUGUAACAUGCAAGGAACCCUUACGUAAUUCAAUAUCAACUCAACUAAGGAAUUCGCUUCAGGGUUUGAAUAGUACAAGUGACCUUCUGGAGCAUGCUGUGCAACUUGCUACAAAUGAUAACCUUGAUCUUGGUUGUGCAGCAAUUGAGCAGGCUGCUACAGAUAAGGCAAUACAAACCAUUGAUGCGGAAAUAGCCCAACAACUUUCUUUGAGAAGGAAGCAUCGAGACGGUGUUGGUCCAACAUUUUUUGAUGCAAACUUGUAUUCACAAGGUUCUAUGGGUGUCGUACCUGAGGCCCUCCGACCUAAACCAGGUCACCUGUCUGUCUCUCAACAGCGAGUUUAUGAGGACUUUGUUCGGCUUCCAUGGCAAAACCAAUCCGGCCAGGGCUCUCAUACUAUCCCUAUGGGUUCCUCGACUUCUGCUGUCUCUACUGCUUUGGCUGGUGCAUAUGGUUCAGGGUCAGGACAACUCAAUCCAGGCUACUCUUCCGCUCCUGGAAAUGUAGGAUUUGAAGCAGUCUCUCGGACAUUGGACAUGGGCUCUGAUGCCACUGAAUCUAAUUCUGCUGCAAUUCUUAGUUCAUCUUCUAUUCAUAUUGGGGCAACUGAUGGUGCAAUCCAGCCUAAUUCUGAAAACAGUGCUACAAGUGUUUCAUUUUCUUCUGCUGCUCCAGCCUCUGAACAUUCAGGGGAUACUUCUGAUACUGUAAAGGAGUUGGGAAUCUCUUCACAACCAAUAUCUUCAUCAGCUGCUUCUGAUCGACUUGUGACCAGUGCUUCUGAGCCUACAUUGAACACGAGGGAUGCAUUGGAUAAAUAUCAGAUUGUUGCACAGAAGUUGGAAGCUUUGGUUAGUAGUGAUGGCAGAGAAGUAGAAAUCCAGGGAUUAAUUACUGAGGUUCCUGAGAUCAUUCUCAGAUGUGUAAGCCGAGAUGAGGCUGCCUUGGCUGUGGCACAAAAGGUUUUCAAGGGUUUAUAUGAAAAUGCAUCGAACAAUUUCCAUGUUAAUGCUUGUCUUGCAAUUCUAGCUGCUAUUCGGGAUGUUUGCAAGCUUGUGGUCAAAGAACUCACUAGCUGGGUGAUCUACUCAGAUGAGGAGCGGAAGUUCAACAAAGAUAUUACUGUUGGCCUUAUACGCAGUGAAUUGCUCAAUCUUGCAGAAUACAAUGUUCAUAUGGCAAAACUUAUUGAUGGUGGAAGGAAUAAGGGCGCAACGGAAUUUUCUAUUUCACUUAUUCAAGCAUUAGUUGUUGAGGAGUCGAAAGUUAUUUCUGAGCUCCACAAUCUUGUUGAUGCGCUGGCUAAGCUUGCUGCAAAACCUGGAUCUUCAGAGUCAUUACAACAGCUUAUUGAGAUUGUCAGGAAUCCUGUUGCUAAUUCUGCUGUGAUAUCUGGAUUUACUGUGGGAAAAGAGGAUAAGAGCAGACAGUCUAGAGAUAAAAAGGCUGCAAAUCAGUCUAUGUCUACAUCUAACAGGGAAGAGUACAGCAUUGUGGAAUCUGUGGAACCAGAUCCUGCUGGUUUCCGGGAACAGGUUUCCUUGUUAUUUGCAGAAUGGUUUAGAAUAUGUGACCUUCCAGGUGCAAACGAUGCAGCUUCUACUCAUUAUAUCCUACAAUUGCAUCAAAAUGGACUGUUGAAGGGAGAUGAUAUGACGGACCGCUUUUUCCGCAUCAUCACAGAACUCUCUGUUGCACAUUGCUUGUCUUCUGAGGUGAUCAACUCUGGUGCACUACAAUCGCCUCAACAAGGGCAGAAUUUGUCCUUCCUUGCCAUUGAUAUUUAUGCAAAACUUGUAUUUUCAAUCUUGAAGGUGGAGCAGGGAUCGAAUAGAUUUUUCCUUUUAUCUAAGAUUUUGGCUGUGACUGUGAGGUUUAUACAGAAGGAUUCAGAGGAGAAAAAAUUAUCUUUUAACCCUAGACCUUAUUUCAGACUGUUUGUGAACUGGCUUUUGGACCUUGUUUCGCCAGACCCGAUUAUUGAUGGUACAAAUCUUCAGAUCCUGACGGCCUUUGCCAAUGCUUUCCAUAAUUUGCAGCCCCUUAAAGUUCCUGCAUUCAGCUUUGCUUGGCUUGAGUUGGUUAGCCACAGGAGCUUCAUGCCAAAAUUGCUCACUGGAAAUGCUCAGAAGGGUUGGCCCUAUGUUCAACGGUUGCUAGUAGACUUGUUCCAGUUCCUGGAGCCAUUCUUAAGGAGUGCUGAACUAGGAAUGCCUGUUCACUUUCUUUACAAAGGUACACUAAGAGUACUGCUGGUGCUGCUUCAUGACUUCCCUGAGUUUCUAUGUGACUAUCAUUUCACUUUUUGUGAUGUGAUUCCUCCAAGCUGCAUACAAAUGCGUAAUAUUAUCCUCUCUGCAUUUCCCCGCAAUAUGAGGCUGCCAGAUCCAUCUACUCCUAACCUGAAGAUUGAUUUGCUACCCGAAAUAAGGGAGGCUCCUCACAUUCUCUCUGAGGUUGAUGCAGCUCUUAAAGCAAAGCAGAUGAAAGCUGAUGUAGACGAGUAUCUGAAGACCAGGCAUCAAGGUUCUUCGUUCCUGAGUGAGUUGAAGCAGAGAUUACUACUUUCACCAAGUGAAGCUGCCUCUGCUGGUACCCGUUAUAACGUACCAUUGAUCAACUCCCUUGUGCUUUAUGCUGGGAUGCAGGCCAUCCAACAGCUGCAGGCAAGAGCACCUCAUUCACAGUCAUCGGGAAACACUGCUCCUCUAGCUGUAUUGUUGGUGGAUGCUGCUUUGGAUAUUUACCAGACUCUUAUAGUGGAACUGGACACUGAAGGCCGAUACCUCUUUCUGAAUGCUGUUGCCAACCAAUUGCGCUAUCCAAACAACCACACCCAUUAUUUCUCUUUCGUCCUACUUUAUUUAUUUGCUGAAUCUAACCAGGAAAUUAUUCAGGAGCAGAUCACAAGAGUCCUUUUGGAACGCUUAAUAGUUAAUCGACCUCAUCCAUGGGGGCUUCUGAUUACUUUUAUUGAGCUCAUCAAGAAUCCUCGGUACAACUUCUGGAACCGAUCUUUCAUAAGAUGUGCACCAGAGAUUGAAAAACUCUUCGAAUCGGUGGCAAGAUCAUGCGGUGGCUUAAAGCCUAUGGAUGAGAGUAUGGUCUCAGGCUGGGUUUCUGAGGGCACACACUAAGGCUUAUGGCAUGCCUGCUUGAUUUUUUUCUCAUUUGUAAUCUAAAUAUAUUUUGUAAAUAACACAGGAAAGCACAUCCAGUCAGAAUGAUACUUCUGUAUUUUAAAGAUUGCGUCAAUUUGAUUGGAUAGAGCAUUUAUAGAGUA